AACGUCGCGGCGUCCUCCGUAUUAUUCUCGUAUAUUUACCUGUAUACCGAUAUUCGCGCGUCCGAUUUGGCGGGUCCAGUUUUUUUUUUUUAAGGGUACAUCCACGCGCAGUGCGACGAGGAUCGCGAGGAGAGAAAUCGAGAGAUUGAGAGAGAGAGGAAUUAAAACAACGGGAGGAAUGAUCUUUCGGGAGAAAAAUCUCGGAGACACAUGACGCCAUGAUAAGACGCUUCUUAUCACCGUGAUCACGAUCGGGGACGUCGAGUGUGUCGUUUUCCCGGGCGCGAAAAAUUGUUAACAUAUAUACGAUUGUUGUUUGGAACGGAGUAGCGCCAAUAUAUAUAUAUGUAUUUUGUCCCGACAGAUUUCAAGCUUGCAUUUUUCAUUUCCCCAUGAUUUUACCCCCGUUUCUACUCACGCUUCGACACGCUCCCAAUGGCUGGCUGAGAGUAAAAGUGCCCGUCGUGAUUGCGCGCACGUGUGUUGAAAAUGCCGGGAUCGUGAAAUCGUCGAGACUCGAGUCGUCCGCGAUCGAGUUUAAUCGAAUGCGCCGAACCCGAAAGGUAGCAUAGUGGGUAUCGUCUGGAAAAAAAAAAAAAAAGGGCCGGUGUGUUCGCGCGCGAUCGGUCAGCGAUCCUCUGUUCGUCGCGGUGCGAUUACGAUGAUGGACGUAGCCAGGUGUACGUACGAUCGAUGAACGAUCGUAAACGUUUCGCCGGAACUAUAGAUCGGCACAGAAAGAAACAAGAGAACUUGGACUCAACGCGGAAAAAAAGAGAGAGAGGGAGAUUCCGGUGGAGUUUUUAAGAUGGCUAGGCAGCUCUGGACCGCUCUGAAGCGAUGGAAUAUCGAGAUUCGGCAGUCAUGUAGAAAAAAGUCGAUGUCGGAUCAAAAGCUUUCGCAUUGAUCCUGCAGCAGAUUUUGCAGCGAGAGAUCCGUCACGCAACAGCGGAUUCGGAAUUCGCCGACUUUUUCAGUCUCGAACAAAGCGAAAAAAUGAGACUCUAAGGCGGAAAGAUAUUAUCCGCAAGGCUCGAGCUGGAGUUCUGUGAGUUCAGCGGGGAAAAGGAGGGAACCGGAAAGAACGGAAACGUCGUCUUGAAGAAAAUGUCGUGAAUCUCACUGAAGAAGGAGGACGGUCACCGGCGCGCAAAUUUCGAGAGAAUAUUCCGCGAAGACGGGAGACGGGUGGAAUAAGAAGAGAAGUUUCGGUGGUGUUUGGUUUUCCAAGUUGGAUCGAACUUGGGGGAUGAUGGGGGGGAUUUCGGGGCAACUUGUCCGGAAAAUUGCCAGUGUGUUGGUUCGCGAAGAUUCCCCGAACGCAUCGCGAUGGACCGCGGCAAGAUUCUAUCUAUGAGCGAUGCCUUCGAACGUAUAACGUUCGUUGAAAGUUCGGCAGUUAGUUCCGCGCCGUUGAACGAUACCGAGGAAUUCGCCUGGCCGAGGGCUGAUUCUUUCGCGCGAUUACACGAGACGGAACGACGUGCUUGAGGAUUCCGGUCUCUCCUCGAUCUACCCGCGCUCUCUAUCUCUUUCUUCGCGCGCACGCACGCACUUGCAAUUCAUUUAUAAUAAUUGAGACGAUCAUGCGUCGCACGAACGGUCGCGGCGACGUCAAUGGCGCACGUCCAAUCGCCAGUCGUUACAUUAGGUUACGAAUCCCGUGCAAUAUUGCGGCUAUCAUCCGUACGUGUACCACCAGGGUGUAGUAAACCCGUCGAUCGGAUUCACCUCGUUCCUCAAAGGAACUCUCACUGCCAUCGAGGCAUCGAGUCGUCUCCAAGAAAUGAAAAUAAAUUAUCGGAUCGCUCUCUCUCUCUCUCUUUAUUAUAUAUGUAGGAAUCCAAGGAACGCUCUUAUAUACUGACAAUGAAAACUAAUUAAAUCGGAGCGCGUACCCCUGUGUACAACGUAUACAAACAAAUCCAGUGAAUGUGAAAAGUGUCGGGUUUGUCGUAUCGCGCUUGUUCGUAACUCCUCCUCCUCGUCGGGGGUUUUGUUAUAAACGCGAGCCUGUUCAUUUCUCUCAAGCAGGGUGUGCAAAUAUAUGCAUACAUAUACACAUACGAGUGGUGGAGAUCGCGUGCCCGCGUGGUCUCGUGCCCCCGACGCUUGUCGUUACACGUCCGAUCGCAAGUGUAACGAAACUUCCUGUAUACACGCGGUAUCGCGCCCUGUCACGGUACAGUAAAGUUCGCGCCGUGUGGACCGCGGCCUGCCGUUUAAACGGACUGAAUUCCUACCCUCGAGUAGCGGAAAGUGGAGGAAGAGAGAGAGAGAGAGAGAAAAAGAUCUCGGCGGAGGGAGAUAUGUGCGUCGUGGGAUAUCCGUUUCGGAUCGGGCUCGACUAUCGGAAGUCGGUACGGAUUCGUCGAUACGGUGACACUCGCAUUUAGGCGACCUGAAACGAUACGACGGGAGCUGGAAGGGUGGGCGAGAAGUUAGAGUGCGCGGAUCGAGGGUGCGUGAGCUGGUUCUAAUCAACGUCGAUCGAGUUAGAUUAGGGUCGAAGUGGUCUCGAAAGGGCGCAUCGAUAAAAGCUAUGGGCAUCAUGGAUGCGUGGAUGCGAGGUCGGAUAAUCUAUGCUUAUCUCAUAUGGGUCGUCUUCAAGGUUACCACGGCGGGAGGACUUUAUGAUGCCAUGAAUUCGUUGGUGGAGGAAGUGGUCGUCGAAGCUGGGAAGAACGUCACGCUGGGAUGUCCGGGUGUGACGGAGGAUUCCCUGGUGUUGAUGCUCGAGUGGCGGGCGAACGGGAUGCGGCUGCUCGAAUUUAAGAGCAAAAGUACAACCAUCGUACGGCGAACGGAACAGAACCGAGUGUCUCUGUCGUUGGAAAAUUAUUCGUUACAGCUGCAUCCCGUUACCGCCUCUGACACCGGUACGUACGAAUGUCACGUGAACAACCGGAGCCCGCUGGAAGGUGUGAUCAAGCUCGUCGUACGAGAUGUGCCUGAUCCGCCGGAACGACCACUUGUCAUAAGUUACACGUCCAAAGCUGUGAAUAUAUCGUGGGCACCUGGUGUUAAUUCCCACAACACUCCAAUUUCGCAGUACGUCAUCUACACCCGGAUCGACGAAAACGGUCCUUGGAACGCGACGAAGGAGAUCAUAACGCCGCACAACGACACGUUCUACACCGUCGAGAACUUGAGGCCAUUCACGGUGUACAGCUUCCGAGUGGCGGCGAUAAAUGCUCUAGGACGCAGCAAACCCAGUCAAGCGUCCUACUAUAUGGUGACUCUUCGUGAAAUACCGGAAGGGAAACCGACCAUCACGGCGGCCCAUAAUACCUCAGCGACGUCUAUUUAUCUGGCAUGGAAACCACCGAGUCGCGAUACCAUCCACGGCGAGUUCCUUGGAUAUCGCAUAGGAUACCGACGACGAGAGAAGGCGGACGAGGAAAUGAAAAACAUUUACAUUCGCGAUCCCGCCGUCGACAAUCACAGUAUUCACAAUCUGGAUACCUUCACGCAGUAUCUGGUUUCCCUGCAAGUCUUCAAUCCCGAGGGUCACGGACCGGCUUCGACCGUGACGGUGAUGACCGACGAGGGUGCUCCGACAAAGCCGGAGAAUCUCACCGCCCGUAACAUCACGGGUAGCACCAUUGAACUCUCCUGGUCGGAACCCGAGAAUGCCAACGGAGUCAUCGUCGGUUAUCGCGUUUACUAUAUGCAUUCCAACUAUACGGACGUUAAAAUGCACACACCCAAUAAAUCUGCGGACUCGUACGACCCGAAUACCAAAUUCCUCCUGAAAGAUCUGAAUCCCAACACCGAAUAUAAGAUUUGGGUGAAGGCCUAUACGCGGAAAAACGAAGGCGAGCCUUCCGAUCAGAUUAUUCGCAGAACCGAUAUAACAGGACCGAGUGCACCUUUGAUCUUGAAUUUGACCUGCCAGUCUCAUCAGUCUCUCUACAUUCAGUGGGCCAGACCGAACACUUUUUCCGGUUCGAUCGAUUAUUACUACAUCAAGUAUCGCCCGGAAAAUGGAUUAUUCGAGGAAAUUGAAUUAUCUACCGAGAAGAAUCAUCUCGAGAGUGGGGCCAUUAUACCCAACCUGACGGUGAACACCGUUUACGAGAUCAUGGUGCGAGGAGCAACCAAGAGCACACUAAACGACCGGCUCAUUGAAGGCGAGAGCUCCGCACCGACGAAGGUGUUGGUCACCCGCGACUGCGACAAGAUUCCACCCUUGAUGCGUCGCAGCAGUAAAGAUCUCAGCCCCGGAGUGAUCGCCGGGAUGGUAUGCGCCUGUUUCGCCGUGAUGCUGGCAAUUACGUCCUUCGUGCUGUGGAAACCAAUCUUUAGGAAAUGCUUCCACACUGCCUACUACUAUCUGGAUUAUCCGCCGCGAAAUGUUCCCACUCUUCAGGAAUGGGAAAACAGCGAGCAGGACGGCGAGAGAACCGCCGUGGCUGUCCAGCAAUUUGUCCAGCAUGUCGCGAGUCUUCACGUGGACGGGGACAUCGGUUUCAGUAAAGAAUACGAGCUCAUACAAUCCGAAACGGGAGACUACACCGUGGAGAAUUCUCAAUUCGCUGAGAAUAAGGCCAAGAACAGAUACUUGAAUAUACUCGCAUAUGAUCAUACUCGGGUGCAAUUGCUCUCCUGCGGCGGUGGACCUCCUAAAAAGGGCCAAGAUUACGUUAAUGCGAACUACAUCGACGGGUGGCAAAAAGCACGAGCAUACAUCGGUACGCAGGGUCCGCUCCCGCCUACGUUCGAUGGCUUUUGGCGGAUGGUUUGGGAGCAACGCGUAUCAAUAGUCGUAAUGAUUACCAAUCUUGUCGAACGCGGUCGUAGGAAAUGUGAUAUGUAUUGGCCCAAAGAAGGGACCGAAACGUACGGUUACAUUCAAGUGACUUUAGUAAAGGAGGACAUUAUGGCGACAUAUACUAUUCGUACCCUUCAAAUUCGGCAUUUGAAGCAGAUUAAAAAGAAGAAAAAUGGGACCAAUAUGGGUGAACGUACUAUAUGGCAAUACCAUUAUACCAGCUGGCCUGAUCACGGCGUACCUGAUCAUCCGUUACCCGUUUUGAGUUUUAUUCGUAAAUCGUCAAACGCUAAUCCGCCCGAAGCUGGACCUAUCGUAGUUCAUUGCAGUGCCGGCGUUGGACGUACCGGAACGUACAUCGUGAUCGACGCCAUGCUGAAGCAAGCCAAGGCCAAGAAUGAAAUCAAUGUAUUCGGUUUUCUCAAGCAUAUCCGUACCCAGAGAAACUUCCUGGUUCAGACGGAAGAGCAGUACAUUUUUAUCCACGAUGCCCUGCAGGAGGCGAUAGAGAGUGGCGAGACCAAUAUCAGUUCUAACAAUUUAAUGAAGCACAUUCAAGACAUGCUGUGCCCAUCGAAUAACAAGACUGACGCAUGGAACAACUUAGAAACUCAAUAUAAAAUGGUAACGUCGUGGAAACCUAAGGAUUUCAAUCUCGUGUCUGCUACCAAACCCUGCAACAUUCACAAGAAUCGUAAUAUGGAUAUUAUUCCCAUCGAAAACGCCCGCGUUCAUUUAACGCCAAAACCAGGUGUCGAUGGAAGCGACUACAUAAACGCGACUUGGGUUUCAGGUUUUCAACGGAAUCGCGAGUUUAUUAUAACGCAGCAUCCGAUGGAGAACACCAUAAUGGAGUUUUGGCAAAUGAUGUGGGACCACAAUGCACAGACAAUUGUCAUGUUGACUCAAUGUGACGAGGAAUACCCAGAGUUUUGGCCGGUCGAAGGAAAGGAUCUCGAAUCCGAAACAUUCCGAGUGCGACUCUGCGGAACAAAGGAAACCGUGAACGGGACUAUCCUACUCGAAGUCGCGGUUCGAUCAUUGCAAGACGAUUAUGAACUCAGCGCCAGGAUCGUUCAAGCGCCGUCGAAUCAGAGUGGUUUGUGGCCACAUAACAACAAUCCGAAGACUUUCGUCAGCAUAAUCCAGGACUUUCAUCGAGAUUAUCAAAACGGUCCUAUCGUCGUAAUGGACAGGUAUGGCGGGGUCGAAGCAGCACUCUUCGUUCUAUUGACUACCUUAAAUAAACAAUUGGAAUUCGAGCAAAGUGCUGACGUUUACAUGUUUGCGAAGCUGCUUUAUAUGAAGCGACCCGGUGUUUUCCGCUCAAAGGAGGAUUAUGUAUUGCUGUACCAGUGCUUGGAAUCUAUGCUGUCGACGAAAGGCCGCGCGGAACCUGAUUUGUACGCCAUGGCGAACGGACACGUUGCCUCACUGAACGACCCGAACGAGAUCAGGUCGGGCUCAUCGAUCCAACAUAUGCCGCUAGAUUAUCCAUCUAAGUCAUCUGUCAUUCGCGAAUACGCUACCGUAGAAGUCAGUUCCGAAUACCUAUCCGAUUACACUAUUCCCAUAUGCGUGGAUCACCCGAUCGAGUCGUCCAGCAGCCGUGGGAGCGAACCCUGCCUCUCCUCCCACGGCGGCAGCAACGAUCAUGUAGUACCAUCGGAGAAAAGCAUGGUGGUGUCACAGAGAAACAUUAGCUAUCAUAAUCAUCCACCAUCCGGCGUAUCCGUAAUGGUCGAUGCUAAUGGUUAUAUCACAAAUGGCAGCAUGCGUGUACCCUCCGACAAUAUGGAGCCCAGCUGCAAAAUGAUGCCACAAUGAUGCCGGCCUAUCUUCGGUUGCAGCGCACCUUCGCGAAAAUCAGCCCCGCUGUAAUCGAAACUUCCUGAAUCUCUGGAAGUUUAAUCUUGACCUGACUGAUCUUCGCAUCGCGAAGGAGAGGUGAUGGUUCUUAUAUUCAAGGAAGAGUUGAAGAAUAUCUUCAAAUGGAUUUCUUAGUGUACAUAGGGCUAAACGUGAAUGUUAAACGUGAAGAUUAAACGUGAAGGAUUAUGAAUUUUGAUAAAAGAAACCCCCAUCUUCGGCGUCGCGAGAGCGGACAGUGCCAAACAAAGAGACAAAAUUGCCGCCGAUGUAUGCCGAAUGGGUGACAUUUAUCUUAUCCGUCGCGUAAGUUUAUGCUGUUCAAUCGAUAUGUAUAUAUUAUAUAUAAUUAUAUGUAAUUACUGACAUAUACAAUA